CACUUGUGUUUCUUUAAAUGAUGAUAACAUAAACACUUAACAUUACACAAGAAAGACACCAAGAUUCAAGAUAAAAUGGAAAGCCACCAGAUUCUUUCAAAACCCAAACUGGGUUUCUCUACUUCAUUCAGAGAAGCCUUGAAAAUCCUCUUUAAUCAUCCAAAAUUCGUCUCUCUUAUCAUCUUCUUCUCUUUCCCUCUCUUGGCCUCCCUCUUAGCCAACCAAAUUCUCCUUCAUCCAACUUUCAUUCAUCUCCUCAAGCUUCUCUAUCAUCAUAGUCUUCACAAUCCACCCUCCAUCCUCAGAAUUAUUAACUGUAAAGCCUCUGCCAGAAUUUGCAUCUCAGAGGCCAUUCCCUUCCCUAUCAAAAGCUUCAAAGAAACUCACUCCCAAAGUUUUCUGAUCUCAACUCUUCUACUCCCAGUAAUCAUCUUCUUCCUUGACCUUCUCAACACAAUUGCAAUAGUUUCCAUAUCAGCAGCAAUAUAUGGAGGAAAUUCCCAAAUGGGUUUCAAAGAGAUGCUGGUUCAAGUCAGGAAGAUGGUGGCUUUAAAACUCAGAGGAUCAGUGGAAACAUCACUAUUUUCUGUCUUGUUGGCUUCACUCACUCUGUUGGGUUUGGUUGCUUUGUCAACAGACAUCUUUUAUAGGACAAAAGGCAUCUCUUUCAUGUCAAUCAUAGAUAUCUCCUUUAUCACAGAACUUACCAUUUUCACAUUGUUCUUUGGGUCAAUCUUUGUGGUUUUGUUGGGUAAGUAUAUAGAGUGGAGUGCUGUUUGGCACAUGGGGAUUGUUAUCUCAAUCUUGGAUAAGAACAAGGGGUAUAUAGCCAUAGGAGUGGCAUCAUAUCUAAGCAGAGGUAGCAGAAAGCUUGGGCUCAGUUUGAUGAUGGUUUUCUUUGUUCUGAAGAUGGUUUUUGGGUUUCCAUGUCUCUAUGCUUUGUGGAAUGAGGGGAGUUGUGGGGUUUUGGGGAAUGUGGUGUUUGUGAGUUUGAACUGUAUGGAGAAUGUUGUGAUGUGGGUUGUUCUUAUGGUUUAUUUCUAUGACUGCAAAAGGGAGUUUUUGGGGAAGAAGGUUGACUUGGAGAAUAAUGAGAAGAAAGCUAUUGAGGCUGUUAAACAAUAAAUCCAGUUUGAAAUUAAUUGUGUAUUUGAAUCACAUACUACUUGUGAGUUCAAGAGUUCACUUCAAUUCAAUUUCCCUUCAUCUUUUAAGUUUGGCACUUACCCAAGUUGUACAUUGGGGUGUGAUAGUAACAAUUGAAAUUAUUGAAUGAAAGCAAUUUCCAUUCAGACAACUAUACAGUUCAUGAAAAAUUAUUUUAUGAAGUGACCACAGCUUGGUUUCUCCAUAA